UGUAACCCUAAUCACAAAAUCUAAAGAAUAAACGAUGACCAUCGGAUGCAAUUUCUCUUCAUGAUCACGUUUCCAUUUCUUGAACUCUUACAGUUCUUGAAAAGGAGGAAAUUGUUUUGGUAAAUUAUGAUUGCCAUUACAAAAAGCAAAACAUAAGAAGUAGGUAAUUAUAGAUAGAUAUUUGAACAGAAAUAUAAGGAGUAAAACUGGGCUAUGUAGAUCGAUGCAUGUCCCACUUACGAAGGCAUGAUGUUGGAAGCUGUGUAAGUACAAAAUAAUUUCUGUUAAGCAUUUAUAUAAAGUCAAAAACCCUCUUUCCUUUAAACCAUAUAGCUUUUUUUUCUGACCAUGGAACGCACGGCAUCCUUCAGCGACACCAAUAAUAGUCUCUCUUCGCAACCAAGUCUCGCUUCAGUUCCAUCCCUCAACUCACACUCACACCUCUUCAACGCUUCCAACACCUCUCACACGUGCCUCGCCACUCUCAAACCCCACACCUCCUCCUACACCUCCUCCCUCACCCUCGCCGGCAAGUUCCUCUACGCAGGCUCCUCCGACAGAGAAAUCAGAUCCUGGAACCACACCAUUUUCCUCUCCGAACACCUACAAAACACCAACCUCGUAACCGCGGGAACGGGUGCCGUGAAAUCCAUAGUGGUCCACUCCAACAAGCUCUUCAGCGCGCACCAAGACCACAAAAUCCGCGUCUGGAGAAUCACCAGCCACGACCACGACCAACAGAAGUUCACACAUGUGGCCACUCUCCCCACGCUCCGCGACCGCGUCACCAAAAUCUUGAUCCCGAAGAAUCACGUUCAGAUUCGGCGGCACAAGAAGUGCACCUGGGUUCACCACGUGGACACCGUGUCCUCCCUGGCCUUGUCCCACGACGGAAAGUUGUUGUACUCCGUUUCUUGGGACCGGACGUUGAAGGUCUGGCGGACGAAAGACUUCACGUGUUUGGAGUCGGUUCGCAACGCGCACGAGGACGCCAUAAACGCUGUGGCAGUUUCUGAGGAGGGACAGGUGUACACUGGAUCCGCCGACAAGAGAAUAAGGGUUUGGAGAAAAAGGGAAGGGGAGAAGAAACACUGUGUGGUGGAGACGUUGGAGAAACACAGGUCAGGGAUUAACGCUUUGGCUCUAAGCAGUGACGGUUGCGUGUUGUACUCUGGUGCAUGUGAUAGGUCCAUACUGGUUUGGGAGAAGGGAGAGAAUGGGAAAUCUGCGGUGGUUGGUGCUCUGAGGGGGCACACUAAGUCCAUUCUCUGCUUGUGUGUGGUUUGGGAUUUGGUGUGUAGUGGUUCUGAGGAUAAAACGGUGCGUAUUUGGAGAGGGAUUCAGAAGGAGUAUUCCUGCUUAGCUGUUUUAGAAGGGCAUAUCAGUCCUAUUAAGACCCUAACUGCAACCCUUCAUCACACUCAUCACCCUUCCCAACUAUCUCUUCUUCUCUUUAGUGGCAGUUUGAACUCUGAUAUCAAAGUUUGGCAGCUUUUUCUUCCUCUUCUUUCCACCUAAUUUCCCCUCUUUUUUGCUAAUUCUUUACUUGUAGCUGUUACACAGACAUAAUAGUAAUGUAAUUAAUGUCAUAGAGAUAUAAACAAAACAAAGAAACUGUGUUAUAUGUGCAAGUUGCUGUACACAUGGAGAUAUUUAGUGAAAGAAAGAUAAUGCAUUUCCUUACCAAA